AUGCCUCCAGCGACCCCUGCCAACGAUGAAGCUCACCAGCUCCUCAUGAAUCAGCUGGACAUUGCCCAUAUCCAGAAGCCCUUCCGCAAUCCCAACUGGAAGCCCUCCGCACGUCGCAACCGAAACCUCAAACAGAUUAUCGCCGAGAGUGCCCGGAAAGAAGCCUCAGUGAUGGCCACCCAAGCCAAUUCAGGCGCGACCACCCCUUUUCCUGCGACAGGCAGCACAACGGACGGCACACAAACCCCCGACGUUGGCAAAACUCCAAAUCUGGCACAAGCAUCUCAAAACCUGUCCACUUUGGUACUGGAGAAGAACGCUCGCGCCAAUUUCCCGACCGGUCCAGCAGUGACCUAUACCAACAUCGAGUCUGCACCAUCAUUGAGCCCAGCGAACCAGCGCCACUACUGCGAUAUCACUGGGUUAUCAGGUCCCUACACCGAUCCGAAGACUAGACUGCGAUAUCACAAUAAAGAGAUCUUCGGGGUGAUUCGCACAUUGGCACAGGGAGUACCAGAGAGCUACCUGGAAGCUCGUGGAGCACACACUGUCUUGAAAUGA